ACCCAGAAUGCAUUUUGACAACGUCUUUGAAAAGCGGCGCGGCUAAUUCAAGAUGGCGGAGAUGGACCAGCUGUUAGACGAGAGCUCAUCGGCGGAGGCUCUGGUCAGUCUGAAAGAAGGUAGUUUGUCAAACAGUCUGAAUGAAAAGAACAACUUCCCCAGAGCUCACAACACCCGGGGUCGACAGUCCUCCCUCACAAUGGACACACCCACGAGGAGCUCAAAAAGGAGUCGAUCCCUGCGUGAGGAAGAUGAACUACCACAACAGCGUCUCUCUUCAAGAUCACCCCGGAGGAGCCAGAGGGUCAACACCACACCACAGAAAUUUACUAGCGUUGUGACACCAGAUAAGAAGGCAUCACAAAAAAUUGGACUGAGAUUAAGAAAUCUCCUUAAACUCCCGAAAGCCCAUAAAUGGUGCAUCUAUGAAUGGUUCUAUUCCAAUAUUGACAAGCCUCUCUUUGAGGGCGACAAUGAGUUCUGUCUGUGUCUGAAAGAGUCUUUCCCCAACCUAAAAACCAGAAAGUUGACAAGAGUUGAGUGGGGGACGAUCAGGAGACUCAUGGGGAAGCCCAGACGGUGUUCGUCAGCUUUCUUCGCAGAGGAGCGAACAGCUCUGAGACAGAAGAGACAGAAAAUGCGCCUGCUGCAGCAAAGGAAGCUCUCGGACAUGUCGACCUGCAAGGAUCUGCCCGAUGAAAUCCCUCUUCCACUUAUCAUUGGGACCAAAGUCACAGCUCGACUGCGUGGUGUCCAUGAUGGCUUGUUCACUGGGCAGAUUGAUGCUGUUGACACCAGUGCUGCGACCUAUCGAGUCACCUUUGACCGUAAUGGGCUGGGAACACACACCGUGCCUGACUACGAGGUCCUGAGCAACGAACCCAACGAGACGAUGCCCAUUUCAGCCUUUGCGCAGAAGCACCGGACAAUCACAGCACGAUAUGUUCAGAAUCUUAUGACUCCACCCAGGGGGCCGUACCCGACAGCCACCACUCCGGUUAUCAUGGAUAAUGACCAUCUGCUCAACCAGUCGCCCUGGAGCAGCAAGCUGCCUGGCAGUGAUGGAGAAACUCUGGGAGGAUUUCCUGUCAAGUUCCUGGUCCAAGUGACUAGAUUGUCCAAGAUCCUCAUGAUCAAGAAGGAGCACAUCAAGCACUUACGGGAAAUGAACACAGAGGCAGAGAAGCUGAAGUCGUACGCCAUCCCAAUAGAUCGGGACUUGCAGAAGCGCUACGCCACCACGGUGCUCGACCUCGAGCAGCUCAACAAAGACCUCACUAAAGUCCUUCAUGAGGUCCAGCAGUUCUGCUGUGAGCUGGCUCCAGAUCAGGGCAUGGCUCCAUGUGACCAUCCAACAGAGCUGCGGCGGCACUGUGAAGAGGAGGCUCAGCAGAUGGUGCAGAUGACCAACUGCUUGAAGAACGGAGAACCAAGUGUGAAGAACCCUGAACUCACUCAACUCAUCUCCCGCCUCACCGCUCUGCUGUUCCAGAUCAAGUGUUUGGCAGACGGAGGAGACCUGAAUUCAUUUGAGUUCAAAUCGCUGACAGACUCACUCAAUGACAUCAAAGCAUCAAUCGACCCUUCCAAUCUCAGCUGCUUCCAGAACAAUGUGGAGAUCCACGUGGGUCACAUCCAGAGUGGGCUCAGCCAGCUGGGGAACCUGCACGCCUUCGCUGCCAACAACACCAAUGCAGUCUAAGUACCUGCAUCCUCACAUACACACACAAGUAGACAAACAUGCAGCACUGUUUAUCAAUAUCCAACUGGUGCUUUGUUGUGAACUGUUAAAAAAGAUUUGAGGCUGGGGUCCCACCAGGGUCCCAAGUUAUCGGCUGAUUGUUCCGUUCGUGCACCCAGUUUGUUCCACGUGCCAAACAUCGACCUGCAGCUUUUAUAGAACGUAUUUAUUUAUUUUUUCGAGUAGUUGUUUAUGGUUGUGUGACAGUGUUUUGCUUUUUCUGUCCAAGGUCGUGUUGUUCCACUGAAGGUUCCGCCGAGUGUUUUAUAAAAGUCUUUAUUGUUGAUAAUUGUACAAUAUCUCCGAUUGUGGCGGCAUUUCUUCGUGUGUCCAGAAGUGUCUUUUGUAAUUUUGUGUGCACUGAAAAAGAGAUUUUGGUAUUUUUAUAACUCUGGUUGUUUUAAAUCAUCCCGGUCAGAACCAGAACAUUUGGCAUCGCUGCGUCCCCCUCAUGAGUCAUACACACAAGUGUUUCCCUCAAGAAUGUGCUUUUCCAGUUUUGUAAAGUUGUACAUGGAUGCGCCGCCAGGUCGCUGUAUAUAUGUGUUUGACUUUUUAUAUUAAACAUAAUAUUGAAAA